GAUUCCUGGACGGUUGAAUGACAGAAGAACACCGCUUGGAGAACUGAAUUGGAUCUUUACUGCAAUCACUGACACUAUAGCAUGGAAUGUGCUUCCCAGAGACCUGUUCCAGAAACUGUUUCGUCAGGACUUAUUGGUUGCAAGCUUAUUUCGUAACUUCCUGUUGGCAGAGAGGAUUAUGAGGUCCUACAACUGCACCCCAGUGAGCAGCCCUCGACUACCUCCCACCUACAUGCACGCCAUGUGGCAGGCAUGGGAUCUAGCAGUUGACAUUUGCCUUUCUCAGUUGCCUACAAUCAUUGAAGAAGGCACAGCAUUCCGGCACAGCCCCUUCUUUGCUGAGCAGUUGACUGCAUUCCAAGUCUGGCUGACCAUGGGAGUGGAGAACAGAAAUCCUCCGGAACAGCUACCGAUUGUCCUGCAGGUGCUGUUAAGUCAAGUUCAUCGCCUUAGAGCCUUGGACCUCCUGGGAAGAUUCCUGGACUUGGGCCCCUGGGCUGUGAGUCUGGCUCUCUCUGUUGGAAUUUUCCCUUAUGUACUUAAACUUCUACAGAGCUCUGCUCGAGAGCUGAGGCCACUUCUGGUCUUCAUUUGGGCCAAAAUCCUUGCAGUAGACAGUUCUUGUCAAGCAGACCUGGUGAAAGAUAAUGGACACAAAUAUUUCCUCUCCGUUCUCGCAGACCCAUAUAUGCCAGCUGAACACCGUACCAUGACUGCUUUCAUCCUUGCUGUGAUUGUAAACAACUACACAACUGGCCAGGAAGCCUGUCUCCAGGGGAACCUGAUUGCCAUCUGCCUGGAACAACUCAAUGAUCCACAUCCUCUCCUGCGCCAGUGGGUUGCUAUCUGUCUAGGCCGAAUUUGGCAGAACUUUGAUGCUGCACGUUGGUGUGGUGUGCGGGACAGUGCCCAUGAAAAGCUUUACAGUCUACUCUCCGACUCAAUGCCAGAGGUUCGUUGUGCUGCUGUUUUUGCCCUUGGUACAUUUGUCGGAAACUCAGCUGAGAGAACUGACCAUUCCACAACAAUUGAUCACAAUGUAGCUAUGAUGCUUGCACAGCUUAUUAACGAUGGGAGUGCCAUGGUCCGCAAGGAGCUUGUUGUAGCCCUCAGCCACUUGGUAGUACAGUAUGAGAGUAACUUCUGCACAGUCGCUCUUCAGUUCAUGGAGGAAGAGAAAAAUUACCCACUCCCUUCUCCAGCAUCAACAGAAGGGGGUAGCCUGACCCCAGUGCGUGAUAGUCCCACCACCCCCCGACUGCGAUCUGUGAGCUCCUACGGAAACAUUCGAGCCGUGACAACGCCACGAAAUCUGAACAAGUCCCUGCAGAACCUCAGCCUAAGCGAAGAGACUGGAGGUGUUGUAGCAUUCUCUCCUGGGAACUUAAGCACAAGUAGCAGUGCAAGCAGCACCCUCGGCAGCCCUGACAACGAGGAGUAUAUACUAUCCUUUGAGACCAUUGAUAAGAUGAGGCGCGUGAGUUCCUAUUCCUCCCUCAACUCUCUUAUAGGGGUAUCUUUCAAUAGUGUAUACACCCAGAUUUGGAGGGUCCUUCUGCAUCUUGCUGCUGAUCCAUAUCCUGAGGCAUCUGACCUUGCCAUGAAAGUUCUAAACAGCAUAGCAUACAAGGCCACCAUGAGUGCUCGUCCACAGCGGAUUCUGGAUGCAUCAUCCCUCACUCAGUCUGCACCAGCUAGCCCUACCAAUAAGGGGAUGCACAUUCACCAAGUGGGUGGUUCCCCUCCUACUCCUAGUGCCAGCAGCUCGAGCCUCACCAAUGAUGUAACCAAGCCACCUGUCAACAGAGAACUACCCUCUGCCCGUCCUGCCAAUGUGGGAGGAAAUAUUGGUGUCCAAUACACACCUCACUCUCAUCAGUUUCCACGUACCCGUAAAAUGUUUGAUAAGGGCCCAGACCAGGCCACCGAUGAUGGAGAUGAUACCUUGAUGCAUAAGAGUUUUGUGUCUGGAUCUCUGCAAACUGGCUUUGGUGAUUGGAGUGCCAAAUACUUUGCUCAGCCAGUCAUGAAGGUCCCAGAGGAGCAUGACAUUGAAAGCCAGAUACGUAAGGAGCGAGAGUGGCGCUUCUUGCGAAACUCAAAAGUCAGGAAACAAGCCCAGCGUCUGAUACAGAAAGGAAUUUCUCGUUUGGAUGAUCAGAUUUUUAUCAAUCGCAACCCUGGAGUCCCUUCUGUUGUGAAGUUUCAUCCAUUUACCUCGUGCAUUGCUGUGGCCGAUAAAGACAGUAUCUGUUUCUGGGACUGGGAGAAAGGAGAGAAGCUGGAUUAUUUUCACAAUGGUAAUCCACGAUAUACUCGCAUAACUGCCGUAGAAUAUCUGAACGGACAGGAUUGUUCUUUAUUGCUGAGUGCCACAGAUGACGGUGCCAUCCGAGUGUGGAAAAAUUUUGCUGAUCUUGAGAAAAAUCCAGAGAUGGUGACAGCUUGGCAAGGUCUAUCAGAUAUGUUACCAACUACCAGAGGUGAGUGGAUCUUCAGAGAAGAGGAUGCAUAAUUUCCCAAUCUCCAAAUUUCCUUAAGGAAAAGUAAUUUCUAUAUGUUUGUACAUAGGGCUACAUCAAUGCACAUCCUCUGCCUUUCUCCUGCUGCCUCCUGUAAUUCUACUUCCUAAUAAUCAGUGCUUAAAUUAAUUGAUCAAUAUGAGCUUCCAGGAUCUAAUCCUGUCAUGACGUUGACUCCUUAAAACUGGAUUCUUUCUCCCGUAAACAUUCCUUAAAAGGACAUUAUUGUCCUUCUAAUACCAAAGCAUAAUUCU